AUGAUAAAUCACAUUUUACGCACCCGCAAUAAACGAGAUACUCGUAAUAGAAAUUUUAACUAUGGCAGUUUUUACGAUGAAUAUCCUCGAUAUGAAGGUCUCGAAAAUAAAAGACCCUGGCAUUUUUACCGUACACCACCUCAUGAACGGCCAAAUUAUUACGAAGCAACUCACACUAAUAGAGAAAUUGAACCACAUGCAACACCGUUACGGAAACAACCUUAUGAAAGACGUUCAUACGACGACAGUGUCUCUCAUCAUAUUGAAACUCGUUCUUCUCAAUUAGACAGUACAUGGCGUGAUAGACAAGCGAGACCUUGGCCGCCGCGCCAGGGUGGCCCUCCGUAUCAUGAACCACCUCCUCCUAAUAGAGAAUCUUUUUGGCAAGAUGUUCCUCCACCACCUCCUUUCGAAAGACCAUUCCCUCAUAUAGACCCUCCUCCAUAUGAACCUCCUCCACAUAGGAAUCCUCCACCUCAUCCACCUCCACAAGGACCUCCACAAGAUCGACGAUCACCACUAUCAGAAAGAGAGUUUCAACCUGAAGUUCCUCCACCAAUUUGGGAAACUCCAAAUAAUUGGAAACCGCCUCCUCGUGAUAGAAAUGUUUCUUCUUACCGGGAUUCUAAUUCUGAAAUAAAUUCGAAUGAAAAACAAGAAAAUACGACUUCCUCUGAUAUAAAUAGCUCUAAUGCUAUGGAUAAAAUUAGUAAUAAUCAGGAUAUGGCGUUUGAAAAAAAUUAUCAGUAUAGCAAACAAAGCACGAGAUCAUAUCUUAACUUAUUUCAAGUCCAGCCAGUUACGCCUGAAGAAUAGAAGCAAUACUUUCCGACCUAUUUUCGUCCUGCCAAUCCGAUUGAAAAGACAAACUUACAAUUCUAACUACUCAAACGGAGUGACUGUUCCAAAUUAUUCUGAUGGUUUUCAUCAUAAUGGGUAUGCCAAUAUUGGUAAAAUACCUAAUAACAGAGACACUAGUACAAAUCGCAACCAGCUGCCAGUCAAUUCCUAUGAAAGUUAUCCUAAACCUCAAUAUGAGCCGAACUUAGGUUACCAAUUUAACGAUAAUCCUGUUCAGGGAUCCGAAAACACGAAACCGAAUAUAUUAAUUACACAAAACACUACAAGAACAAGAAAUUCUAACAAUGUUGGUAACAGAUUUGGCAAUGAUAGGCCUCAAAGAUUCGAUAACUCUGACACAACUAAUUUUAAUGCCCAAAAUACUAGGAGAGGCUACACAGGCGGAGUAAGCGUCGUUAAUAUUGGAAAUGGACAAGGUAAAAAAAACAUCGUAGAUGUGUAUGAAAGACGAAGUGGUAAUUCAGAUGGUUAUUUUCAUAACACAGAUAAUACUCGAAGUACUAGAAGAGGACCAACUAUAACCAAUAUCGGUAACGGAAUUGGAAAUCGUAACGAAAUUUAUAUACAAGAUAAUGUGAGAGUAUUAGAUCGAUCUGUCACACCAACUAGAAGACCUGCUUAUAGAAGAACAACAAAUACACAACAAACUAACUACCGACAAAAUUGGAAUCCACUCAACUCAAAUUCAAGAAACAAUUUUUAUCCAAGUUUUAAUAACGAUCAGGUACUACGUACGUACACUAGAAUUGGCCAAGGCAAAGAUAACACAAAUUUAGUUUAUAUAAAUGGAGUACCUAUACUUUCUAAUUCGGGCUUAACAAUUAGCGAGACUAACCAUAAAGGACAAGGUGAGCAACCAUACUAUAAUACAAAUCAACAAUUUUACAUAUCAGAAGAUAAUUUAAGAGUUUUACCCCAUAGACGUUUAAAUCAAUAAUAUUUGAAUACAGUAUUCAUAUUAUGCACUUACAAGAUUAAAUUUAUGUUUUUUAAUUAAAGGCACUUUUUUUACACACAAAUUACAACACAAUUAUCAAUCAAAUUACAAA